UUCAUCAGUAAGGUCUACAGCUUUGGCUCUUUUCUGAUAUUUGACCAACACAUCAAGGGAUUUGGGUGUAUCAGGAUGAACUUGGUGUCAGCGGCCACCCAGCUUGCUGUAAAAGUGUUUGAGGGGCAACAAAAGACAAACUGAUACAGACAGAGUGUGAGAAGGGAUUUCUUUCUGUAAGGGAUUCCCCCGCCCAAGGAAACAGAGGUGUACUGACAGACGAGUCAUGAACAGAAGCUGGAGGUGGAACAUGACAUCUGGAACCAGCUGAAGCUGUCAGGCUUCAUGUCUCUAUCCUCCCUUGAGGAAGGACACGAAGAUGAGUGUCACCAACGAUCACUCCAACAUCCUGGCCAUCAUCUUCCUCCUCCUGUCUACUGAAGUUUUUUCUGCACACUUUCGGGUGUGCGAACCUUACUCUGAUCACAAGGGGCGCUACCACUUUGGAUUCCACUGUCCUCGUCUCUCAGACAAUAAGACGUAUAUGUUCUGCUGUCACCAUAACAACACAGCCUUCAAGUACUGUUGCAACGAGACCGAGUUCCAGACAGUCAUGGGGGUCAACCUGACCACAUCUCCAGAUGGUUACACUCACAACAAUUACUCUGCCUUAAUCGGCGUGUGGAUCUAUGGAUUUUUCGUCAUGGUGCUGUUAGCCCUUGACUUCCUGUAUUAUUCUGCCAUGAACUAUGAAGUGUGUCGGGUAUAUCUAGAGAAGUGCGGUCUGGGGGGCCGCUGGCUGAAACAGGCCCGCACUCAGUGGCACGCCACUGGGCAGGAGGAGAAUGACGGGCGGCCUGUUCAACCUAGAGCUCUAUCAGAACCUCAUGAGCAACAUCAUCAACACAGCUGCAGUCAGACCAGACACAGCAUGAUAGAGGACACACAUAACACAACACAGAUUGCACACAACACAGCAACAGCCUGUGUCUCUUGUGUGGAACUACUUUGAAUCGGGUGACAAUGACAGCAGAAAGACACAGCUUCAACAUUCAGAAUUCAGUUAAUAUAUGAGGACCAACUGUUGGCAUCCCCCAACGAGGAAGUGCAUCAUGGAAAUAUAGUACAUGCCCCCUGCUGCGUGGACCUAAAUAUGCCUCGGGGGCCAAAUGGCCCGAAGCUGCUCAUUGUGGUCCAUAUCACACUAAGCACAACCUUCAACCCCUCUACAAAACCAAAACUACCAGAACCACAGAAGAACCAGUGAGGAGCUAGAUGGGUUUCUGAAGGAGUACAACAAGCUGUAUUGAGAUGUGCGGAAGUCCAGAAGCAAACCUCGGACUGAUGCAAAAAAAUUCACAUGAGCACUAGAAAGUCGAGACAGAAACGCAGAAAAUGCCGAGACUCAACAUCUAUUAGAUGUUUUUGGGGGACCUUUGUAGCCGUUUUGCACUUUUUUUGUCUGGAUUAAACUUUCUGUAACUGUGCGAUGUUGGUUUAUUUAUUCAUGGUCAGGGAAUAUUUUGACAAAUGAGAACCGAAAGAUGGAUCAGAGUCCUCCAACAUCAUUUACAAGAUUCUCACUACCUGUUAUGCCUUCUUAUGAAUUAGAAAUUAUAUGACCUUAUAGUAGUAAAUGUCACUCACUUGGCAUCAUUUUCUGGUUAAAAAUACGUGAAAUUAAUGUUUGUUUUUGACUGCUGUGAUAUUAUAAAAUUGUUCUCAUUUGUGAGAAUCAUUGAGGUAACCAAUUGUGUUAAGGGUUUUGUCCAUUUUUAUUUUAUUUCAUGCCCUGAGGAUCACUGUAUUGUUUGUGUGCGCUCGUGCAUGUGUGAGUGUGCCACUUCAUGUUGUUGAGACUGGGAAGAAAUUAUUCUGCAGUAUUCCCUUUGUUAACUAUAUUAAUUGGUUGAGUUCAUUUAGAUUUCAUUUUCAUUUUAGUUUUCAAGUGAUCUGCCAAAAUAAAAAGACUAAAAACUAUUACACUCUUUGUGCGUUUCAAAAUAUUGCAGUCAUUAAUUUUCAGAAAGGUCAACAGCAAAUGUGUUAGCUUCGAAAACAACAUGAAAAACCAUUCGCAACAUAUUUUACUUACGUAAUGGUGUUCAAAUAAAAUAGGGAAAGUAGGGAAAUCAAAAUUAGUUUUUUCAAUUUUAAAACGUAACGCUGUAAACCCUAAAACGACAGUAAAAGUGACGAUUUAAACAACUUCAGAGCUCAAAUAAUACACAAGUUUUAACAGAGGAAUUAAUGCACCCUUUUCACACUUCCGUGUUCGCAAAGCGGAAGUCGUUAACCAGUGCCACUACAUUGUUCCUGUUUGCACAAAUUCUAAAAUAUAACGUCUGGGGUUGUGUUUCCAUGAAUUUCCAAAAGAUGCUGAACUUUGUACGAGCUCGUGGUUUCAGGCAAUUAAACGCAAAGGAGAUAACUUCGCUAUUAAAUGAGGAAGCACUUUAGUCUGUGAGCAGUAUUUUCAAGAUGAGGACUGGCAGAAAUUGCUCACAGGUGGAAUUGUGAAACGCUUUGAAAUCUGAGCUGUGCCGUCACAGUUUCAAUGGAAUGAUUACACAUCACAACCGACACAGGACUGUGUGUUUGACAGGGUUAAAAAUCAGGGGAAAUGUGCAUAAAUGUCAUGAAAAUGUACACACAUACGGAUCUUAUUGGUGCUUAUCUUUAAGCAUUUAUUUACAUAUAUAUUUAUUUAAGCAAAAUAUAAUUAUUUUUCUUUUGAUUUUGGGGUGAAAUAUGACCUGGACAUGUUCUUGACAGAUUUCAUGACAUUCAAAAACACACAUACUAACGAAAUGUUUCUUGAAACACACUGGGAUUACUUCUGCCAAAUAAAUGCAUACAUAAAAUAUAUACAUAUAUUUUAAAACUGCCACAUCAAAAUGUAUGGUAAUUUAGUUAGUUGUCCUCAGUUAUAUGAUUUAACUCUUGGUAUCACAGAUGUACAAGCAUUGAAUGAGUUUUAAAUAACCUGUUGCCACUUUUCAGGGAUCAUUCCUUGACCUAUUGUGCAAUCAACAUGACAUUCUGGGAUAGAAGGAAAACUCAUUAUUUCAGUAAUUGGACUGAAUUGAAAACCGAGAUUUGCUGUAUGUGAUUGCAACUGUCAACUUGCAGCUUGAAAAUGGCUUCACAAACAAUAAAUAACAGUCCUAACCUUAUUUAAAGAGUUGAAUGUCACGAAAACAGUUGCCUUACCGUCAAUUUUCACCUGUAUUUUACGGCUUUGUGGCUUUUACCUCACAACAGGUGGUUUGGUAAGACACACUCUUGUGGUGUGUUUCAUAAGUGAGUAUAACAGGUGUGUUUUCACAAUCAGGCGAACAGUUCUUGGGGAACCGCGCAGCUGGAAAAACAUUUUUGUGCUGAAGUAAAUAAACCAGAAAAGAUUAAGUACUUUCUACAUUGAAUGGGUUAGUUAACGGUAAGCGUGAACUAGAAAAUACUAUGUAAAUUCUACAUUUGUGAUAUAAUUAAUAAGUACAAUUUUUUUUUAUUAUUAUUUACAUUUUUACUUAAAGUACCAUAUACAUCAGAUUUGUAAGUAAAAGUAACUGUAUUAACCGAAAUGUUUAAGUUAAAUUUACUCACUUUAAUCAAUAUUAUGUCAUGAAGUAAAUUUUACUUCUACUUUUAACUGUGUGAAAUAAAAGUAAUUUUUAUUAGUCUUUUUGUGUGUGUGUGUGCCUUCCAAAAAUGUUUUAAAUGUCAUAUCCAUCACAGAAUGAAUGGUGAUUUAAAACGUAUUUGGGGAAAAAAGACAAAAAUUACAGAAUUCUCUUGUGAUACGUGCACAUCCACGAGACAUUGUUGGCAGACAAACUAAAUAAACUAAAAACGUGUUUAAAGGGAACUUUUAUUUCUAAAAGUCCACAGUGACCAUAGUUGAAGAAACAUUCUACGACUCUUAUCACAGUUUGAGUAAUUUGGUUUUCUCAGUGAAACAUUGAAUCUGAAAUAUUGUGAGAAAGAUCUCCAGUGGUGACUCAUCCAUCUUUCCUGCCUGGGGUCUGUGAUGAUUAGAACAUCAGCGGGGGGUUUCAGUCAUAGUUUAUUGGCGUAUGUACUCAUUUAAACCAUUCGCUGCCUUCAGUAGCCCCCCGACAACACUGUCCCCCCCAGAAACCACCCUACUGUCACACCUCCACAAUAGUGAUACGUCAUUAGCCGUCUUGUAGUGGACACGGUGACAUCUCAGGAGGAACUGGACUUUGAUAGAUGUUUUAUGUCUUACAGUUACAAAGUUCAAGAUGAGUCUAUCUGAGUGGUCUGGUCACUCAAGGCAUUUAUGUAGGCUGCUUUUGAAGUUAUUAAAGGAAAAAGUUCAUGGUGAUGGUGUAUUCGGCCCCAUUUCGCGGCUGGCCCACCAGAAAAAUUCCUGGUUCUCCCUAUGGCUCUCCCUAAUUCACCAUUAAAACGGCAUGAGAGCGUCUAUUCGCCCACACCCCGAACCCUGUUCACUGAGAGUAAACCUGCACAUAAUGCUUUUGCCAUUUAGAUUAAGUGAAAACAAUUCACUGUAUCCAAUUUAGGAGAACACACAUUAAGGAAAUUAAAUUACAGGGGAGGGUGGGGGGGUGUUCUUGGAGAGAAAUGCACUUUAAGUGCUGACAUCGAGAGCAGAUAGCUUCAGUUUUCCUCGUAAAGGUUAGAAAUUGCGCCAAUGUGUCAUUGGAUUUGUAUAAAUUCUUAUCAAAGCACUUUUAAAGGAUUUAUUCG